AUGGUGACCUUGACUACGUUUCUUACCAUUUACUUGUUUGGCGGCGUCACCUUUCUACCUCUACUGCUGGUCGGUGCACUGUACAUAUAUGCAACCAACAACAAAACUUCACACACUCCCAAGGCCGUAUUUCCUGAAGAACCUUAUGAGGACGUUGAUCCUGAGCAAGGCAAGAAGGGCUGGAUCCGAUUGACCAAUCACCAAGAUGGCGUCCAAGGUGGCAAGCUCAUGUCGGGUUUGCAGUCAUAUGUCAAUAACGGCAGCAAUGGUACACAAGCCAAGAAGCCCAAGGAUGUGGUGUACGGCGUAUUGAAGCAUGGGACAUUGUUUGUCUAUGAAUCUGAUAAGCUCCAAGAGUGCAAGAUGAUCAUUCCAGUGCACGAUUUUACAGUGUCGAUAUAUCCCGAAGGCAGGCGAGAGCAUGAAGUCUUCAACCGAUCCACGGCCAUACGCCUAUGUCCCAAACGAUGCCACACUAAGCGUAACAGCACCGUAUCAGAUACAGCAGCUACAGCAACCACAAAUGGACUCAAAAAGAGCCACACAGACACCAAUUUGUUGGAUAAUGAAUGUUGCUCUUUGGAUCAGGACAUUUAUUUGACAUGUGCGAGAUCGAUUGACAAGGAGGAUUGGUAUUUCGCUUUGAUUACAGCAUCAGGGUUUAUGGCAGAUACACCAGAGCUGGGUCAUGUUGAAACGGUGGAUGGGACACGAUUUGACGAAGAGGCGAUCCAGCAAUUGAUUCAGACGAUUCAUCAUGAUCCGGAUCAUCGCGAGAUUCAAUGGUUGAAUGCCAUCAUGGGUCGUAUAUUCCUUGGCAUGUACAAGACCGACAAGAUUCAUCAAUUCUUCAAGGAGAAGAUCAUCAAAAAGACACGCAAGAUCAAACGACCCCAAUUCUUGGAUGAGAUCACCGUACAUCGUGUUCAUGUGGGACAAACCAUUCCAUACUUUACACAAUUGAAGUUGCUAUCAAUCGGAUUGGAUGGACAAUUGACGGCUGAAGGACAUGUGGAUUAUCAAGGUGGUCUGUGCGUCGAGAUCGGGACUGGUUUGAUUUGGCCUGGUUAUUCAUCUCGCAUGAAACCUAUUCGCCUUCUUCUUUCGGUCACUCUCAAGCGAUUUUCUGGAAAAUUCCAAUUCAAGAUCAAGGCACCACCCACGAACAGGUAUUGGAUUGGAUUUUAUGAGCAACCUGAGAUGGAUUUGGACAUCAAGCCCCUCGUAUCGGAUAAGCAGAUCAAGCUCAACGUGGUCACCAAUGCCAUUGAAACCAAGAUUCGAGAAGUGAUUGCAGAGACUUUGGUGUUGCCAAACAUGGAUGAUUUCGUAUUUUGCAACUCUGGCGGCAAGGGUGGUAUCUUUGGUGACAAGGUGCCACGUAGCAACCAUAAUGCCACGCCAACACCACAACGCAUGGAUACAGCACCACAGCUAACAACAACAACAGCAUCAGCAGACUCCGAUCAUGAUAACAACGAUGCUUCAUCAUCAUCAUCAUCAUCCACAUCUAUACCCGAUAUUGAAGUUGAUGUUAGCAAAUCAGCACCAGAUCUUCUCACCCGAUCGGGUCCACCACCUUCUGAUACCGCAUCCAUUGAUUCAUCAGAAACGGUCAUGUCAACAACAUCAUCCAUACGAUGGGCAAUUCGAAGGAAGAAGAAAACGUCAUCUGAUUCGGCAUCUAUUGCAUCGACUACAACUGAGGAUUCAUCCAAGAGAAGUUUCUUAUCAAAGAUCAGCACACUCAACAGCAACAAUGAUGAGAAUAGUGGAAGCGGAGGACGACAACGAGGAUCUUCAUUCUAUCAAAAAGCUGAGACCAUGUUGAAAGCAUCCAUACACAAGGACGAGGAUCCAACACCAACACCUCAACCUAGAGAAGAUAAUCCUCGGAUCGCAAAACGACCACCACCACCGCCACCACCACCCAAACCUCCAAGAACUCAACCCAAGCAACCACAACAUGAAGAAACAAAACCACCUUUGCCUCCACGUUUACACAAUGAACAAGAACCAUGCGAGCAGCAAUUGCAAGUGCCUCCUCCACCUCCACCACGUCGUAAAGUAGAAGAUAAACCACCAUUACCACCACGAUCAUCUCCUCGUUUAGAAGAAUCAUCCUCUUCACCUACAACUUGUUCUUCUUCUCCUCUUCCACCAUCACCACCAUCACCCAAUCAAGAGCAAUAA